GAAAUGUAUCUAUCAUUGGAAGCAUGCACUGCCUUAGUCGUUUGCUGUUUCAUUCAUGGUUUCGCUGCUUUGCGGCUUGUGAAGGUGUCAAUACCUUCUUAUAAGCUAAGGGGUGAAUCUGUGUUUCUUGAAUGUCAAUACGAAUUGGAUAAGGUACGGGAUAUAUCGUUAAUAAAUUCUUAUAGUCCUAAUCGCGACCACGAACAUGACAAUUAUCAGCAUGAUUCCCAAGAUGAAGAAUGGUUCUCAAGAAGACGAUUGCGUGCACCGCAAAAUAAACAAAAAUGGCGAGAGCAACCAUAUCGUCAGCAAAGUAAAUACGACAAUCAAUAUCAAUAUUCCUAUCAUCAAAAGCAUCCGUCUGAUAACAGUCAAUUCUAUGACCGUCAUCACCCACUACAGGAAUCUUAUCAACAGUAUCAUUAUCAGCAGCCAGAGUCAAAAGAGAUGCCAGAUCAGCAAAAAUAUUUAUAUGCUUAUCAGACAUCAUCUUCGCCGUAUGCGCAUAGCAUAUAUCGGGGGAAAAGUCCAGCGAUCGCAGAUAAAAUUGAUGCAAGCCAUUCGAGAGCAAUUGAUUCAUAUAAUGUUGAUAGGCAUAGCGAACCGGUUGAGAAUUCUCGACGCAUGAGUCCUUUUGGACAUGCAGUACCUGAUAAUAGCUUCGCUGACAGCAGCGAACAAAGCGACCAAGUUAAUGAUGACAAAGAAGGGGAAGAAUAUGGAAAAGGUGAAGCUUUGUAUGCCAUAAAGUGGUACAAAGAAAAUGAAGAAUUCUAUCGUUAUGUGCCAAAGGCGAAACCACCAAAAACUAGUUAUAAGGUAGAGGGUGUUCGAGUGAUUGAAGAGCAUUCCGAUAGUAGUCGUGUAUUAUUACGAGGUUUGACAAUAAAUUCGACAGGUUUAUAUCGUUGCGAAAUUUCAGCAGAAGCUCCAAAUUUUUCAUCUGUUGAAGCCGAAGGUCAUAUGGAUGUCGUCUAUCUCCCGCGAGAUGGUCCAUUCAUUAGGGGGCAACAGCUACAAUAUAAAAUCGGAGAAACAUUGGAUUUAAAUUGUACAUCAGGGAAAUCACAUCCGGCUUCCCAUUUACAAUGGCAUAUAAAUGAUGAAACGGUACUUGACGAACUUAAUUUAAUACAUUAUAAUCAUACCGUUCAUCGACAUGGCCUCAUAACAACAACACUAGGCUUGCAGAUGAUACUUGAAAGGAGACAUUUUCAUAAGGGAGCAAUGCGCAUUAAAUGCGUUGCCAGUUUAUCGCCACUAUUAUGGAAAGGUGGCAAAGAAAGAGAUUUGCAACGACGACGACCCGGUUUAAUUGACAAUCGAGAAAGCAUGCUGUUAGUUCACAGUUCAACAUCAACACAAUAUAAAACCGAUAUUUCAACAAAGUUAUUUGUUGUUCUACUUCAGGCAGCAUAUUUAAUGGAAUUCAGUCAAUUACUGCUACUGCAGUCUUUAUUAUAA